ACUAAGUUUCAAAAGGGAAAUCUGAAUUGUGCGUUAAAGUGAGGCUACAUUUCUAUAUUAUCAUCUCCUCCCUCAGACCAAACCCUUAAACUUCGGAUCAUGUCUUCCAAGCAAGGAGGAAAAGCAAAGCCAUUGAAAGCCCCAAAAGCUGAGAAGAAAGAAUACGAUGAGGUAGACAAGGCCAAUAUUCAAAAGAAGAAAGAUGAAGAGAAGGCACUCAAGGAGCUUAGAGCAAAAGCUCAAAAGGGAGCUCUGGGAGGUGCUGGUCUGAAGAAAAGUGGGAAGAAAUGAGGCUUGCUUGCAGAACUGAAGCUGCUGCACUUAUUAUGUUGUGAUUAUUGAAUGUUGCCCUUAAUAUAUCUGGUUUCAUGUUCCCUAAAUUGAGUAACUAGAUGUUAUACAGUUUGUUACAUUGUAUCUCCUGUAAUAAUUAUUCUCUGAUAUUUGGUCUUAAUGAUGCUUCCUCUAUGCUGAUUUA